AUGUACUACAUUCUUUACCUUGCGAGUCUUUGCCGCCGCCGCCGUUGGCCAGAGCCCCUUUACGAACAAGUAAACGGCUCCGGAUCAGGAUAUACAUGCGUGGUUCGAGUUAAUAACCGCGAAUAUCAAACCGAUGAAGCCUGCCAGACGGAACUGCUCGCUCGUGAGAAGGCCGCCAUGCGAGCUUAUCUGAUAUGCCGGAAUUUCUCAGUCAAUGACGGCAUGUACCCUGCCGGCCACGACCAUGGAGGCAUUGUCCAGGGCAUUCCCGUUGCCAUUGGCACUGGCCGAAGAGCUCGAUAUACAGAUGAUACCGAUACAUCCACAACCAGCAGUGGUGGAAGCCGAAGCGGAGGUAGCAGCCCUGAAAGCUAUGACAGAGGUAGGGUGCAUCGAGCCCGUCAGGGGCCUGCGCCAGCCAUCGCCCUGGCAUAUAGCUCCCGUUAA